ACCACCCAAACCCAAGCAGAGAAGCAGAGACACAUUUGGCUCACUCACUCACACUCACUCGCUCAUAGAUUGUCCUGUCCGUCCAUCAUCUCUAGCUAGCAGCUUCCAGUGAGAGCGGCAAGCGACACCACAACCAGACAACACACCACCACCGAGCUGUGAGAAUAAGUUCGCAGACAGGAUGGGCAAGCUGUGGACGAUCCUCACUCACCUCCACUCCCUAGCAGGGCCAACGGUGAUGCUGCUGUACCCUCUGUACGCGUCCGUGCGGGCGAUGGAGAGCCCGUCCAAGCUGGACGACGAGCAGUGGCUCGCCUACUGGAUCCUCUACUCCUUCGUCACGCUCAUGGAGAUGCUCCUCGAGUCCCUCAUAUACUGGAUCCCCAUCUGGUACGAGCUCAAGCUGCUGUUCAUCGCGUGGCUCGUGCUCCCCAACUUCAGGGGCGCCGCCUUCAUCUACGACAAGUUCGUGCGCGAGCAGCUCCGGAAGCACGGCCUCACCGCCGCCGGCUCCGUCAAGUCGUCGUCGCCGUCGUCCAAGGACAAGGACAAGCCCAAGAACAAGUUCCUCGCCUUCGUCACGCCCAAGAAGGAUCAUGAAGCUUACUGAAGUGGGUUGCAGUGAUCCCAUUCCUGGACCAUGUCCCGGCAACCUGUAGUGCACUCCACUAGAUUUCUGUUGUGUUUGUUCUCGACUUGAAAUAGAGCCCGUUCGAUGUGUGUGUGGCCAUUCUGUAUGUGUGAGCAUCAACUCUAACAUGGAAUGGAGACAAGUGCCAA